AAAAAUUUGUUGGUAUUUUGAGAGAAUGGCCAAGUUUGAGGUUUUGGGGAGAUGCUCUCCAUUCUGGUUUGUUUUGUUGCUGUGUUUUGCUUUCAUGAUAGGGCCCGGAGCUCAGGGCUGGAGCAAAGAAGGUCAUAUUAUGACAUGUCGGAUUGCACAGGGUCUUCUAGGAUCUGAGGCAUUAGAAGCUAUUCAAAACUUAUUGCCCCUUAAUGUCAAUGGCGACCUGUCGGCCCUUUGUACAUGGCCUGACCAAAUCCGGCAUUGGCAUAAAUAUCGGUGGACAAGCCCACUUCAUUUCAUUGACACACCCGAUGAUGAGUGCACUUUCAAUUAUCAAAGGGACUGUCAUGAUCCGCAUGGAGUGGAGGACAUGUGUGUUGCAGGUGCCGUUCAAAAUUUCACCUCUCAGCUUGUGCACUACAGAGAGGGAAGUGCUGAUCGUAGAUAUAAUAUGACUGAGGCCUUGUUAUUCUUGUCACACUUCAUGGGAGAUAUCCAUCAACCAAUGCAUGUCGGAUUUACAAGCGAUGAAGGAGGCAACACCAUAAAUCUACGCUGGUUUAGGCAUAAAUCUAAUCUGCAUCAUGUAUGGGAUAGGGAGAUCGUUCUAACUGCUCUAUCAGAUUAUUAUGAAAAAGACAUGGACCUCCUCCAAAAAGACAUAGAGGGAAACUUCACCGAUUUACAGGGAAUCUGGUCUUCUGAUGUUUCAUCAUGGGAACAUUGCGAUGAUAUUCUUUCAUGCGUAACCAAGUGGGCUGUAGAGAGCAUAAACAUAGCUUGCAAAUGGGGUUACAAAGGAGUUGACCCUGGUACAACUCUAGCAGAUGAUUACUUCGACUCAAGGAUGCCAAUCGUUAUGAAACGAAUUGCUCAGGGUGGAGUUCGAUUAGCUAUGAUUUUGAACCACGUUUUUGGUGACACUGAUGAAGGAUUUGCAAUAGCUACUUAAAGCAGUUCAUCAACACAAAAAUACUUGAAUAUUCUUCAUUUUCUUUUGUUGACCAAUAAUUGCUUUUAACUCAACUUGUUAAUAAUUGUUAAUUUGUAUUUGAUGACUGAUCCUGUAGGUUAGUCAUUCAUCCCUAGUUUAGUUUAUAGAUUCAAAUAAGAGAACCUCUACUUCAUUCA